GUUUGCAUCUUUUAUGAUUAUAUAUCAUCAAUAUCUUUAUCUCUUACGACAUUGUUUUCUGAUUACAAUAUUGAUUAUAAUAACUAAAUAAUUAUAACAACGGUGAUUUCUGAUUUGUUUUACAUUAUACUACUAUCAAGGUUUAAGUUUUAAUAGAGGUGUUUGGGUUCUUGAUCAUCAAUGGAAGCUACGAAUCUUGGAUGCUGCAAGCUUUCAUGGGGGUCAUCGAUUUCCAAGUACCUAACAAUCCAUAGAACACAGAGGCAUAUGGUUAGAAGGAGGUGUGAGUGUGGUGAUCAGAAGGAUCGUUGGGGGAAGUUGGUGGAUGAGAGCAUGAUAGUGCUGCGUUGGCGUAUAAAGGAGAUGAAGAGGUUGGAGGCUAAUGAAGAGGCACCUUAUGAUUGGUUUGAGUGGGAGAAGCGGUAUUAUGGUGAUUAUGACCAACAUGUUUUUCAAACAAUGGAGUUAUUGCAGUGUUAUUUGAUGGGUCUGAGACCAAGUGUGGCAUUAGGGAUGUUAGUCCUUAUAGCUUUGAGUGUGAUCAUGAGUUCAGGGGUGGUCUUCUUUCAUGCCCUAGUGACAGCAAAGAGCCUCAUCCUAUCUUGCUUUGGCUCGAGGCGAUAAGACCCAUGUUGAAGGGACUCAUUUACUAGCUAGGUUCCAACUCAAAUAAAUCUAGAAAGUUAAAUUUAAUGUGCUCCUUCCUAUUAGGCAAUAUGUAUGAUGUACAUAUAUCUUUGUUACCAACAACGUCGAUUGUUGGGAUUAAAAUUCCCAUAAAUAAUUUACUCAAGUUUGCUCUUUAUAUAUGUAAAUAGAUAUUUUUAGUAGUAUGUGAGAUUGCAAGAUGU